CCACUCACUGUAUGUCGGAUACAGUGUAUGCUUGCCCAACAGCACAGGCAACAAUUUGAAACAACCCCGUAUAGAAUGGGUUCCUUCUACGUUAUAAGCAUUGCGGUCAUUUGUAUGAAUUGUGUUUCUCCGGUAUCCGUGAGGAAAAUGUGUUCAAAGGUAGACGAUCUGUCACAACUGCGGCAAAACCAGCGACUUCCUGGAAAAGAAUUAUUUUCAACCAUGACAGAUGGAGUCAUGUUAUGUGCACGCUUAUGCCUUGGUGUUACGCUGUGUGGUUCUUUCAACUUCAACACCAGAACUGGUGCUUGUGAACUCAAUGACGUCACUCUUGGGACAGAAGGAACCGAAGUAGUCCAUGCACCCAAUUACGUUUUCUCCGAAGUCAACUUUUGGCCAAAGAGACUUGCCGGAGUGUGCAUGAACCACACGUGCCUCGAGUCCCAGUACUGUCAACCAAAGAACGACACUGACUACUCCUGCAAGCCUUGGGUGGCUAUGUCGUGCUCUGAUGUGCAGCAGUGUCAACCAAACAGCCCAAAUGGGGAGUACUGGCUCCAUCUUGGGAGCCAUCCGUUCAACAAAACCCGGAUAUACUGCCACGACAUGAGUACAGAAAAUCCUCAGGAAUAUGUUACGCUUCUCCACGAAAACGAUGGCUUCUACCCUGCCAAACAAUCACUUGGGUGUACGAACGAAUACACAUGGCCAAACAAAGGUGGAUCUGUGUGGUUCCAAAAGAUUAGAUUAGAUGUCAAGAACAUGGCUGUUGUGCGGAAGGACUACACAUUCGCCAAUUGGACUAAUGCGGCAAUGCAAUAUGGCAGAGCUGCUGACUGCUAUACCACUCACGCGAACGGUCUUGCUAGGUGUGGAACUAAAGGAAGAUUUACAGUUGACUUGAGGGGAACUGGAUUGGCUGUCGUGCCAGAGCAAACUUGGAGGAAAUACGGUUAUAAGUCUAUAAUCCAGUCCAUUACUCGCAACCAAGAAGGAACCGUCAUCGAGUUGAAAUGUGGCGGGUACUGUGGACAUUGUGAUCCAGCAGGGCCUCUGACGUUGCAAGUAAAUUCAGCUGAGAACAUACCGUCGACUUCUACCACAGAGGUAACGUGUGGUUAGAACUCCCUACCCAUGUUGUAUGCCUGUAGAGAGAGAGAGCGCCUACACGGCAGUCAAAUGUCUGUCCAACUACACCCUGAGCCCCCGAGUCACUGAAUUUUGUUUCAAAGCCGCCUUGGGCAGUACUUCAUUUAAAUUGCGGUCUGUGGGCUAAAUGUAAGACGGAAGUCCAAUUUUAUGCAAAUCUUAGCCGCUUACAACUUUGAUGAGACCAUGAGCACGGGUAUUGUGCUCGCAAACUAUACAUCAUAAACAGGGCAACUCUGGGAUCCGAAACCACAAUAACCGGUUUCUUGCACACCAAAAGGAUACAACGUCAUGACACUACCGUUAUUCGACCAACGCUCAUCCUCGAUUAUCCAGUCUUUGAUAUAACCAUUCCAUUAUGAUUAAAACCCUUGGCACAUUCAUUUAUAUAACUACAUGACGUCACCACCUCCACUGCCCCUAUAUCAUCUUAUAAUUGAUAUUGUAUAGCUCGUUAAUUUAAUUUGACUGGACGGUUAUUUUUAGCACUGUGCUGUUCGAAUGGGUCCAGGGUUUUUUUUGCAACUGAGAUAUAAUACACAGGUUAUCGAGGAUGACUAACGCUCAGCGUUGUAGGAAACAACAUGGAAACCUUAAAUAUUUUGUCGAUUUCGCUCACAAAUAAAAAUACUUCGUGCGAGUCGCGAAUGAAAUAUUGAUGACGUCUACUUCAGUAGAGGUACGAUAGAUUUAAAAAAAGAUAGGGUAAAAAGGAUUUGGCUGACUCACUGUCAACCAUAUGCUCCUUGCUUAAAGGUUAUACCCCACAGUUAAAAAUAAUACCUUUUUAAUAAUGCGCAUUAUGCAUAUAUACUUUUCUCCCGGAAAUAAAAUAUCCGGUUAAUGCUUGUAUUUAGGACUCCAAAACUGACAAUUAAGUACUUGUUGGUUACACUUUGUGACCUGGAUGCACUGGAUCGUUCCUCAUAUCAAACACUGGAUUGUCUGGUCCAGACUCGGAUAUUACUCACCGCCGCCAUACAACUAGAAUAUUUCAGAGUGCGGCUUUAAAAAACAAAUACAACUGAACAAUGAAUGCAUGAUUUGAAGAGUAGUUUGCUGGAGGUGACUUCUGUCACCGGGUGAUAGGGAGGUCAGACUCGCUGACUUGGUUGAUGCAUGUCAUCGUAUCCCAAUUGCGUGGAUCGAUGCUCAGGAUGUCAAUCACUGGAUUGUCUGGUUAUUAAUUUUAUUUCACCAUUAUUGUCAAUUACCGCUUUUCCUGGUGCCGUAUUAUACUUUGAAAUAAAUGCUUGAAUCCUGUGAUAAGGGUGUUCAACACGAACCCCCGAUCACUACAUCAUUUGGUCUCUUGUAUAUCCUGAAACUUGCUCAUCUUCAACUUGUCGACACUUCUCUGGAUUCUCAAUAUAUGUUGAACUCUGAAAGCUGAAAGAUAAAUAGUUACUUCCUUUCAUGCAAUGUGUAAUAAUUGUCACCAUAAAUAUUGUUCCUAAAAAAAAAUGUGCAGUGAAGGUAUCCUUGCAGAGAUAUAUUCAAGUAAAGUCUUUGGUACAUGGGUGUUCUAUUUAACCGCAAGAGUGUUUACAUAAUAACAACAUUAAUACAACGACGUUUGGAAUAGUGUAGUAUACAAAUGUUUUCAAAAUAAAAUGUGUUAAUAAUGAAUAUUUGAGAAGAAAGGAAUAUGUAUUUAACAUUGUAUUAACAAUGUGACUUAUGACAUAAAGAACCAAAAAAGAUGUGUAAGUGGUACUUGUUCUAUUUGUAGGAACUAUGUGUUCACAGCAUACAGUUAACUAGUCUGUUAAUCCACGCCUGGACAUUUAGAGGGACUAGUUGUUUCCUCCACAAUUGCAGUAUGUUACACAACCUACUAGUCUGAAAAUACCUACGGACUAGUUCCAUAUCACAAAUAGUGUCUACCCCUGCACGGCAUGUUUUGAUUACAAUAUAGUGUAUCUGUGCAUUUAAGAUGAACGUGUACAUAUUGUAUACUCUGCAAAAAAGGAAACGCAUAAUAAGGAACGAAUAAAUGUUUUUUUAUUGUCGUGGUGUAUAACCAUAUUGUAUGUCGUCACCUCGUGCUUUCCUCACAUACCAAACUCACAUGGAACUGAAAUACUGUUCAAAGCGGCGACGACCGGGAAUCCACACAGUUUUGUAAAACGAAGAACUCGACUUCUGUGCGCUCUUGUUUUGAUAAAACCCUUCCAGGACUGGAUUGUAAACAACAUGGUCAGCAGUGUAUUAUCACAUUCUGUAUCUAAAUCAUCAUUUAUUCUUGUGAUAGUGCACUAGAAAAGU